AUGAGCCGCAUCUUCGUGGGUUUCGAUACGUCCUUUGUUCAUGAUUUACCCGCAACGCUCGAUGAGGUCUAUGAAGACAAAAUAAAUGGUAUAGCAGCACCUCUUUUCCAUCCUCGCUUUAAGCGUGAUGAUCACGAGCUUUCAGACUUGCGUGAUGGACCACAGACACGUUCUGACUUGGUCAUGGACUCGCGCGGUUGGACUGCGUCAGUUGUGGGCAAUAUUUCCAAAUAUAUUGACCUGGAUGCUACAACACUGAGCGUACGUUUAAGUGCAGAGAAGAUUUUCAAGCAAGAAGUGGCGUGGGCAUCGCAUCUGUCUGUACGAGCUGUGAUGUUGCCGUCGCCUCGCCACGUUUACAAUUCUGCGAACUACGCACGGGUGCUUAAUCAGUCGCUGACACAGGCGCAGUAUCUGCAGUUUUGGGUGCGUAUACCCCUGACGACGAGACAGCAAUUGAAUGUCACAGCCUCAAUGGAACUUGAUUCGGAAGCUGGUCUCCGUGGUUCUGCUAUGAAGACAGAUGAAGGAAAAGAGGACGCUCAAAUCGACCCGUGGGAUACGUGGGAUGCCUUGCGAGCUCGCUGCGAAUAUCACCCAAAACUGCACGUGGCCUUAGAAAUCACAGCCGAUCUACCAAGCACAGAGGAGAUACAACGCUGGCUAGGAGAAUCAGUGAAGGCAGCGAUUAUUCCGAUGAAUAUCUUCCUGACCAAUCGCAAGGGAUUCCCGACACUAUCACAACGACACCAGAAGCUCAUGGCACAUCUUUUCCAGCACAAUAUUCAAUUUUAUCUCAGCGGAAGGCCUCGACAUCGUGGCAAGCUAUUGCCAUACGUGCAGUAUCUCCACUUUUUAUAUAGCAAGCGUCCAAAUUUAGACCGAAAAGCGCAGUUUGAGGCCCCGUAUCUCGACUAUCUUCAAGCUCCAUUACAGCCUUUAAUGGAUAACCUCGAAUCGCAGACGUACGAGACAUUUGAGCAAGACGCAUUUAAGUACAAUCAGUAUGAAAAGGCGAUCACACUGGCGUUGGCUAAGACCCGUGAAGACAAAGAGUCGGUCGUUAUGGUCGUUGGCGCAGGCCGUGGACCCCUCGUACGCUCUGCUCUUCGUGCUGCCUUGGCUGCGAAUCGUAAGACGCGGAUGUUUGCGGUUGAAAAGAAUCCUAACGCAGUGAUAACGCUACGAAAUCUUAAAACGUCAGAAAAAUGGGACAACGUCACGAUCGUUGCAUCCGAUAUGAGAAACUGGCGAACAGAUGAACGUGCAGAUAUAAUGGUGAGCGAACUUUUGGGUUCCUUUGGAGACAAUGAGCUGUCGCCAGAGUGUCUGGAUGGUGCACAAAAUUUCUUGCAAGAAAAUGGAAUUAGUAUUCCAUGUGAAUACACAUCUUACGUGACGCCAGUCAUGUCAUCAAAACUCUGGAAUGAAGUCAAAGUACAAGACUCGCUUAAAAGCUUCGAAACGCCGUAUGUUGUUCGCCUUCACAACUUUUACGCAUUAGCUCGGACCCAAAAGUGUUUUACUUUCACCCAUCCGAAAUUUCAUGGUCGGAUUGACAACAGAAGACAAGCGGAACUUCGCUUUACAACUACCGAGAGCGCUGUUGUCCAUGGUGUGGCAGGUUACUUUGAUGCUGUGCUCUUUGAGGACGUGACAUUGAGUAUCGAACCGGAAUUGCACUCGGACGGCAUGUUCAGUUGGUUCCCCAUUUUCUUCCCCUUGCGUCAACCAUUGCGCUUAGAAAAAGGCGACGACAUUGUUGUCAGCUUUUGGAGACUUGAGUCUAGCAAUCGUGUUUGGUAUGAAUGGUCGGUAUCUACAGGUGACGGCAAGCGCCAUAAUCCAAUUCAUAAUCCUAAUGUAUCAGUAUAUGAAUAA